AUGGUGGAGGGUCUGGGUGGGCAUCUGGCCUCGGUGGCGGCUCCGGUUCGGGACGUAGACCCCGCUCCGCUCGCUGAUCCCUCAGCUUCCGUGGAAACGGACCGUGGAUCGUUGCCGGAGGCCUUGGACCGCAGACAGUCGCUGGAGGCUCUGGACUGCAGACAGUCGCUGAAGGCUCUGGACCGCAGACCGUCGCUGGAGGCUCUGGACCGCAGUCCGUCGCUAGAGGCUCUGGACCGCAGACCGUCGCUAGAGGCUCUGGACCGCAGACCGUCGCUAGAGGCUCUGGACCGCGGACCGUCGCUGGAGGCUCUGGACCGCGGACCGUCGCUGGAGGCUCUGGACUGGCUGGGUGAAUCUUGGACAAAUAGAUUAAUAAUACUUGUUUUUACCCUCCUGGGAUUUAUUUUGACAAUUGUUCUUAAUUUGACCUUGAUUGUGAUUAUAAUUUUACACAGAACUCUCCAUGAGCCCAUGUAUAUUUUCUUGUGUAACUUGUGCAUUAACGGGCUGUAUGGAUCCACUGGUUUCUACCCUGCAUUCUUGUAUACACUGACAGGAUCAAAUAUGAUCUCACUCAGUAACUGUGUUCUCCAGAUAUUUGUGAUCAUGACAUAUUCCUUAUGUGAAUUUACUAAUUUAACUGUGAUGGCUCUUGACAGGUACAUGGCAAUAUGUAGACCUCUGCAUUAUCAAACUCUCAUGACAAGAGUAACCAUCUGCAAGUUGCUCAUUUUCAUUUGGCUGUUUCCCUGUGGUACAACAGGAGUGUCCAUUUCAAUAAUGCUCAGGUAUCCUCUUUGUGGAUCACACAUAGACCGACUCUUUUGUCAAAACUGGGCAUUGAUAGAAAGACUUGCUUGCCAAGAGGACCUUGUUAAACAUAUUGUCAAUGGGUCUUUCUUUGUGUGGUUUAAUUUACUGGUAGCAUUUCUUAUUUUCUCAUAUGUCAAAAUUAUUGUUGCUUGUUGGCAUUCCCCAAAAAAUCAACACAAAUUUAUGUCUACUUGUUCGCCUCAUUUAAUAGCCCUUGUCAACUUUAUUAUUUUAACAAUAUUUGAUGCUAUGGACUCUCUGUUUGGAUCCAGGGAUGGUCCAAAGGUAUUAGGAAAGCAUGUCAUCCCUCCAUUUAUCAACCCCAUUAUAUAUGGUGUCAAACUAACUCCUAUCAGGACCCAGAUAAAAAAAACAUUUUCAGCAGAUACAGAGACUCCUGCGCUAUGGGACAUGAUGAAGGAGGUCUGGACUUCCUGGACAUACGCCUCACCAAAUCAGUUGUGCACUGGGGUCAAUGCUCUGCCUGACCAGAAAGCAAAGACCACCAUCAACGCCAUCACAAGGGGGAUGUACAGCAGGUUUGACGCUGCAGAGUCCAUUCACAGCGACCAAGGCAGAAACUUUGAGUCCUUUAGUGAUGGCCUCAUGGAGCAUUUCAACAAAACGCUGGCCAUCAUCUCUGCCAGAUACCAGCGUGACUGGGACAAGCACCUGCCCAUGGUCCUCAUGGCAUGCUGCACCGCUGUCCAAGACUACACCUCCUGCAUGCCUGCCUUACUCAUGCUGGGGAGAGAGAUCCACACUCCUGCAGAGAUGGCAUUUGGGCCGACCCCCUGA